AUGCAGCUGUCACAGGAUGAGGAUUUUGUCCGUCAGCCUUGGUACCAUGGUCCUCUGUCACGCCAGAAGGCGGAAUCUCUUCUCCAACGAGAUGGCGACUUUCUGGUGCGGGCCUCCGGGUCCCAUAGGGGCCAGCAUGUAAUCUCUUGCCGCUGGCGGGGCUCGGCCCUACAUUUCGAAGUGCUCCGUGUGCUUCUGCGUCCCCGACCUGGCCGGCCUGCUGCCCUCUUUCAGCUGGAGGACGAGCGAUUCGCCAGCCUUCCCGAGCUGGUCCGGAGCUAUGUCAGUGGCCAGCGGCCACUGUCGCAGGCCACGGGGGCUGUGGCCUCCAGGUCAGUAAUACGACAUGGGCCCAUUGGACGGAGUCUCAGCGAGGACACCCUCCUAGACAGCCCUGCUCUGGAAGGGCCUCUCAGCUGCCUUCUCCCUGUGCCCCCUACCCCAGGAGCCGCUGGAAUGCCCCCGAGUCUAUCACAACGGACCGGAAGUGACCCCAUGUUACUCCAAGUCCCUACUCCCCUGGAAACUCUUGAUGGCAGCCUUAUGGCCUCGGACGGGCAACUACAUACCACGCCGCCCACCAAGCCCCUUCGUGUGCCCUCCCUGGUGCUGCCAAAGACUUCGGGACACUCUCCAAUUUACUGUGAGCUGGUACCACGAGUGCCCGUGACCCAGAGAACACCCCCUGACCACAGCCACAGCCAACCCCAGACCCAGUGGUGGGAGGUGGCCGUCGAGGAAGAGGAGGACAAAGAGGAAGGUGAGGACAAGGAGGAAGACAGGUAUUUUGCAAGACCUCAGGGAGACAUCACCUUCUGCCCUCCUGAGGAGUCCUGUGACCUGCUGGGCCCCCAAAACAGGCCCCUGGACCCCCAAGUCCUGAAGAAGCUCAGGGAGCUGUUUCUGCAACACCACGCAGAGAGCACUGCCUUGCAUUUGCUUCUCUUAGACUGCCAGGCCACAGGUGUCUUGGGAGUGUCCAAGGCCCAUAGAGGCCCCAUUAGGGUCACCUCUGGCCUGGAGCUGCUCACGCUGCCCCAUGGGCAUCGCUUGCGGGUGGAAAUAUUGGAAAGGUACGAAGCCCUCUCUCUAGCCGCAGCCUUGGCGGUGCUCGGGUGCACGGGGUCCCUGGAGGAGCGAUCGGCCGCCCUGCGGGGCCUGGUGGAGCUGGCACUGGCCCUGCGCCCCGGGGCGGCGGGGGACCUGCCCGGCCUGGCUGCCGUCAUGAACGCCCUGCUCCUGCCCCAGGUGUCCCGCUUGGAGCGCACCUGGCGCCACCUCCGAAGAUGCCACACCGAGGCGGCGCUGGCCUUCGAGCAGGAGCUGAAGCCGCUGAUGCGAGCGCUGGAUGAAGGCGAAGGGCCCGCCGAGCCGGGCGAGGUGGUGCUGCCGCACGUGGCCCCCGUGGUGCGCCUGCUGGAGGGCGAGGAGCUGCCCAGCCGCGGGCCGCUGGACGAGAGCUGCGAGCGGCUGCUGUGGACCCUGCAGGGGGCGCGACAGAUGGCCUGGGACGCGCCCCAGUUCCGCGAGGUGGCGGCCCGGCGCCUGCGAGGAUUCCACCCACACCCAGAACUGAGUGCAGCCCUGAGCACCCACUUCGUCCGGAGGCUGCUCUGGGGCAGCCAAGGGGCUGGAGCUCCCCGGGCCUCUCGUGUCCAGAAGUUUCACCAUGUCCUCAGCGUCCUGUCCCAGCGCCUGGAGCCUGAUGAUUGCUGA